AGCUUCCUUCCCUCCUUCUCCUGUAUGACCCAGGGCAGUUCUCCAGUCUAGACCUGCAUCUGAGGUCACACCCCAGCCUACUCACUCCCCUCACCCCUCUUUCCUCUCCCUGCACCUUCUUGGGCUCUUCUCAUCUGGUCCCACCCCUGAGGAGUCCUCCUCCCUGCUAGGCUCUUCUGGAACACAAAGACCAUCCCUCCCCCCUCCCCAGUGAAGGGAGGGCUAGGAGUUUCAGCCCCACCCUCAGGAAGAUGUGUCUUCCCCCUCCUCUGCUUCUUGGUACUUCCUCUCUGGCCAACGUAGCUGACAGCACCGAGACCUGGGGCCAGGACCCUGGAACUGGGACAGAUCUGGUAAUAGGCUACGCCACUCUGCCCUGGCCUUGGGAUUGGCACCAGCCUCCAACCAGUACACGGCAAAGUCUGUAAGUCCUUGCAGUGGCCCCGGACGCUACAUCUUCUGCAGCACCUCCUCACUAGGUGUCAUGUUCAUCGCUCUGCUGACGAUCAUCCUCCUGUCAGUGGCACUGGUUGUGGGGCUUCCCGGCAACAGCUUUGUGGUGUGGAGCAUCCUGGUAAAGAUGCAGAAGCGCUCUGUCACUGCCUUGUUGGUGCUGAACUUGGCCCUGGCCGACUUGGCUGUAUUGCUUACUGCCCCCUUUUUCCUCCACAACGUGGCCCAACGCACCUGGGUGUUCGGACUGGCUGCCUGCCGCCUGUUUCACUAUGUCUGCGGAGUCAGCAUGUACGCCAGCGUCCUGCUGAUCACGACCAUGAGUCUGGACCGCUCGCUGGCGGUUGCCCUCCCCUUUGUGUCCCAGAAGUUUCGUACCAAGGCCGUUGCCUGGUGGGUACUGGCAGGCAUCUGGGUGAUGUCCCUUCUGCUGGCCACGCCCGUCGUCGUGUACCGCACGGUGACCUUGGCACCGAACAACUGGAGCCUGGUGUGCUUCCUGAAGUACCCCAGCGAACGACUCAACGCCUUCCAUCUACUCUUCGAGGCCCUCACCGGCUUCCUGCUGCCCUUCCUGGUGGUGGUGGCCAGCUACUCCGACAUCGGUCGCAGGCUGCAGGCCCGGCGCUUCCGCCGAAGCCGCCGCACGGGCCGCCUGGUGGCGCUCAUCAUCCUGACCUUCGCCGCCUUCUGGCUACCCUACCACGUGGUGAACUUGGCCGAGGCGGGCCGGUUGCUGGCCGGCGGGGAGGCGGGGCCGUUGCAGAACCGGCUGCUCCUGGCGCGCUACGUGUUCAUCGCGCUGGCCUUUCUGAGCAGUAGCGUGAACCCCGUGCUGUACGCGUGCGCCGGCGGUGGCCUGCUGCGCUCGGCCGGCGUGGGCUUCGUCGCCAAGCUGUUGGAGGCCACCGGCUCCGAGGCGUCCAGCACCCGCCGCGGGGGCACCCUGGCCCAGACGGUGAGGGGCGCCCCCGCCACUCCCGAGAAUGGCACCACCGAGAGCCUCACCGUCUCCAACCCUCUCCAGUGAAGCGAACUGAACUAGGUCUGGGUGGUGGUGGUGGUGGUGCUGCCGCUGUUGGUGGAAGGUCGGCUUUCCUCCUGGCGGAAUGCCCCCACGUUGGCCUGGCCCAGUGCUGUACCCCUAGGAGGAGAACGCCAGUGGGGUGGAGCAGAAGAGGAGGGAGGGGUGGGGCAGGUGAGGGCCCAGUGAAAGCCUGGGGCAGCUUUGCUAUUAAAACUGAAGCCUCAAAUUGGGUCAACCCUGUGUGUGGGGCGUGUGUGUAUAAUGGGGAAUUAGGGUUGCUGCUGGGUGCUCUUCUGGGGAUCCUUCUCAACAGUUGAGAGGCACAUCACACCUCCUGUGCUUUUCAGUUUUGGAAGGGACACAAAGAUACAGAAACCAGAAUCCCCUCUCCUCCCCCAUUCUGAGGCAGGUGCCCUGCCCAUCAUACUUAGAGCACAGGUCUUACAGACUCCUGAAGGAGCAGAUGGAAGAAGGCCACCCAUGUGGGCUUAUCAUGCCAGACUCCCUGAAUCAGCAGAUGAGCUGAGAAAACAACACAGCUCUGGGACCUUUACCCUGAAGCUUAUGAUAGGUAUCGCUGUUACCAUGACUCCAACUUCCUGCCACUCAGCUUUGUCCUUUCAGUGGGCAAUGUUCUAGGGCACUGCCUCCCCUCCCCUCAUUUCCCAAGGAGGCCUCACUUAAGAACCAAGUCAUCAGAUCUUAGCCCCUGGAAUUCUGGACAUUAACAUUCUGCCAGCCCCUAAAAUACACUCAGAAGCAGGUUGAGGCUGAGGACCCUCUGUGCCAGUCAUCAUUCUUAGGAAAUUAAGAUUCCUGUAAGUGAGAGGGAUGAGUCAUUCUUUCCUAGGGAUGACUGUUUUAGAGAGCCUUGGACUGGCUCUGUCCUGACAGCAUUUUAGGAAGAUGGUAGCAGAAAUGGCAGCGGAGUACUUUUUGAAUCUCUCCCAUAAACAAAGACCAACUAGGAGAAAGACCAAAAAUCCAAAAUGUGCAGUAUCUGUAACAAAUCUAGGGUGUCAAGAUACCUCCCACAGACUGCUAAAAAUGUGUGGGGAAUAAGCUUAGGAAUUCCCUGAGCUUGCACCUAUGGGUUAACAAAGUCACAGGAAGAAAGCAUCCAAGAUUAGGUAAA